AUGGUUGCUGAUAAUGGGCCUCUGCUCUUCAGUGCUAUAUUAGAGCAGGCCACCAAAGUGGAUGGAGGGACGCCCAUAGGAGGGAAGGCAGCGGGCUUCGAUGUGAAGGCACUACGGGCGUUCAGGGUGCUCAGGCCACUCAGACUGGUGUCUGGGGUGCCCAGCCUUCAGGUUGUGCUGAACUCCAUCAUCAAGGCCAUGGUUCCUCUCCUCCACAUCGCCCUGCUGGUCCUGUUCGUCAUCAUCAUCUACGCCAUCAUCGGCCUGGAGCUGUUCAUGGGCAAGAUGCACCGCACCUGCUUCUAUAGUCCCAUAGUGGAGGAGAAGCCGGCCCCCUGCGCUCCUAACGGGGCUCACGGCCGCCACUGCUCCCAGAACGCCACGCAAUGCAUGAUGGGCUGGGAGGGGCCUAACGAUGGCAUCACUAACUUCGACAACUUUGCGUUUGCCAUGUUGACGGUGUUCCAGUGUAUCACCAUGGAGGGCUGGACAGACGUCCUCUACUGGAUGCAAGAUGCUAUGGGCUAUGAACUUCCCUGGGCCUAUUUUGUCAGUCUCGUCAUCUUUGGAUCCUUUUUCGUUCUAAAUCUGGUUCUGGGGGUGUUGAGCGGAGAGUUUUCCAAGGAGAGAGAGAAGGCCAAGGCCAGAGGAGACUUCCAGAAGCUGAGAGAGAAGCAACAGCUGGAGGAGGACCUGAAGGGUUAUCUGGACUGGAUCACACAGGCUGAAGACAUCGACCCAGAGAACGAGGAGGAGGGGCUCGACGAGGAGAAGCCCAGAAACCGGUUCCAUUAG